CGUCAACAGCAAAAGACAGCCUAGGAUGCAUCUCUACCUGGAGGGUGCUGAUUGAAAACUUAAAGAUUGUCCUCCAAAUAACUGCUGAUUUUGAGCCAGUGCUUCCUCUUGUUAGCUUUGUCAAAAGCGAGGGUUUUCAAUUAAGGUCUCUUUAGAUGGAAUUUAAUGCGGCAGAAACCUUGUCACCAGAAGGAUUAAUGUCUGCAUUAGCAUUUCGGCAAUAAAAAAAAUCUCUGAAGCCAAGUGGUGGAGGCCCACGGACAGCCUUAAACCUGGAUUCUUCAGCUCGAGAUUCACCGUUGGAGUUUUUAAUUGCUUGCUGUAGGGAAACCAUCGCCAAUGCUUACAAGGAACUGCUUAUCCCUGGUUCUCUGGGUCCUAUUCGAUGGAGGUCUCUUAAAGCCACUUCAUCCACAACCACAACAGACUUUAGAAGGUGAGCGGAGGGGAAAUGUUGUCACAGCACCAGAGAGGAGGACACCCGCCGUGCGGGUCAAGCGAGGCUGGGUGUGGAAUCAGUUCUUUGUGUUGGAAGAAUACAUGGGCUCCGAACCCCAGUACGUGGGAAAGCUUCAUUCUGACUUGGACAAGGGAGUGGGAAGUGUUAAGUACACGUUAUCAGGAGAUGGCGCUGGUACAGUGUUUACCAUUGACGAGACCACAGGGGACAUUCAUGCCAUAAAGAGCCUUGACCGUGAAGAGAAGCCUUUCUACACCCUCCGUGCUCAAGCAGUGGACGUCGAUACGAGGAAGCCACUGGAGCCCGAAUCAGAGUUCAUCAUCAAAGUGCAGGACAUUAAUGAUAAUGAACCAAAAUUUCUUGAUGGACCUUAUGUUGCCAGUGUCCCUGAAAUGUCUCCAGUAGGGGCAUAUGUGCUACAGGUCAAGGCAACCGAUGCUGAUGACCCGACCUAUGGAAACAGUGCCAGAGUGGUUUACAGCAUCCUUCAGGGACAGCCAUAUUUCUCCAUUGAUCCCAAGACAGGUGUUAUAAGAACGGCCUUGCCAAACAUGGACAGAGAAGUCAAAGAGCAAUAUCAGGUCCUCAUUCAGGCCAAGGACAUGGGAGGGCAGCUUGGAGGACUGGCUGGAACUACGACAGUGAACAUCACUCUCACUGAUGUCAAUGACAAUCCACCCAGAUUUCCCAAGAGUAUCUUCCACCUGAAAGUACCUGAAACAUCUCUCAUUGGUUCAGCCAUUGGAAGAAUCAGAGCGGUGGAUCCCGACUCUGGGAAAAAUGCAGAAAUUGAAUAUACUAUUGUACCGGGAGAUGGAGGGAACUUGUUUGACAUCGGCACAGAUGAGAACACACAAGAAGGGGUCAUCAAGCUGAAAAAGCCAUUGGACUUUGAAACAAAGAAGGCAUACACUUUUAAAGUAGAGGCAUCAAAUGUGCAUCUUGACCAUCGCUUCCAUUCUGUGGGCCCAUUCAAGGAUACUGCUACGGUGAAGAUCAAUGUGUUGGACAUGGACGAACCGCCUAUUUUCAGCAAACCUUUAUACACAAUGGAGGUUUAUGAAGAUACUCCGGUCGGGACCAUUAUUGGAGCUGUUACUGCCCAGGACCUUGAUGUUGGCAGCAGUGUCGUCAGGUACUUCAUAGACUGGAAGAAUGAUGUGGACAGCUACUUUACUAUAGAUGAAAUGGAAGGAACUAUUGCCACAAAUGAACUGCUGGACAGAGAGAACACUGCACAAUACAAUUUGUCCAUAAUUGCCAGUAAAGUUAGCAAUCCACUAUUAACCAGCAAGGUCAACGUCAUCGUAAAUGUCCUGGAUGUUAAUGAAUUUCCUCCUGAAAUUGCAGUGCCCUAUGAGUCCUACGUGUGUGAAAAUGCAAGGCCAGGACAGGUAAUUCAGAUUGUCGGUGCAGCAGACAAGGAUUUGUCACCUGCUGGACAAAGAUUCUCCUUUCGACUCUCUCCUGAGGUGUCUUCAAAGCCAAAUUUCACAGUCCACGAUUUCAGAAACAACACAGCUGGAAUUGUGGCCAGGAGAAGUGGGUACAGCCGCCGGCAGCAAGAGUUAUAUUUCCUUCCAGUUGUGAUAGAAGACAGCAGCUACCCCAUACAAAGCAGUACAAACACAAUGACAAUCCGGGUCUGCAGAUGUGACUCCGAUGGCACCAUCCUCUCAUGCAACGUCGAGGCAAUCUUCCUUCCAGUAGGACUCAGCACAGGGGCCUUGAUUGCAAUCCUGUUGUGCAUUGUUAUACUUCUAGUCAUCGUGGUGCUGUACGUGGCGCUGAGGCGGCAGAAGAAAAAAGACACUCUCAUGACCUCUAAAGAAGACAUCCGAGACAACGUCAUCCAUUACGAUGAUGAAGGAGGUGGCGAAGAGGACACUCAGGCUUUCGACAUCGGGGCCCUGAGGAAUCCAAAAGCAAUCGAGGAUAACAAAAUACGCAGGGAUAUAAAGCCAGAUGCUCUCUGCUUACCUCGCUCCAGACCACCCGCAGAGGACAACACAAAUAUCAGAGAUUUCAUAAAUCAAAGGCUGAGAGAAAAUGACGUUGAUCCCUCAGCACCCCCUUAUGACUCACUAGCGACAUACGCUUAUGAAGGAAAUGGAUCUGUAGCUGAGUCUCUUAGCUCUAUAGAUUCGCUUGCAACUGAGGUAGAUCAGGAUUAUGACUAUUUGAGUGACUGGGGACCACGUUUUAAAGUCUUAGCAGACAUGUUUGGAGAAGAAGAAAGUUAUAAUCCGGAUAAAGUCACUUAGCUGGGGGCAGGGAGGGGGGGAAGAAAUGUAAACCUACAACAAAUUUUAAAAUAAACAAGCUUUAUAGGAAAGGAUUCCUUUGAUUAUAAGAGACAGCAGCUGUCCCAGUGAGCUCCUAUAUUUAUCAUACCGUCAAUCUUGGUUUACCUGUUUGUCAAGGGAAGGAGCAUCCUUGACAAUCUGUUUCUUUUCUUGGUGGAUUUUGUUUUUGUUUUUAUUAUUACUUUGGAAUCACACUGAGACAACCUCAGGCCUAUUAGCUACAAUUUACCGAUACAACACAGAAAGAAGGAUAGCUUUCCGGCAUGGUGGUGGAAGAGUGGUAGAUUUUUCUUAAUUCCACUGAAGUGCCUAUUGAAACUCUUACUAUUUAAAGUGGAAAUGACUGCAGCAAAUGGCGCUAAGGGAAACUGACAUAAAGAGGACAUUAACUUUUAUGUCAAGAAGCAAUAGCCGCACGCUGACUUCUGGUUCUUUUAAAACAAAAAAAGUGUAGAACAGUGGCUGGAAUCUGUCUGUCCAGCGCAAUUGCAAUUCGGUGGAGAUUGUGUGUUCUGUUUGGUUUUGUUUUUUAACCAAGGAAGCAAGUUGUCUGCCAGGAUAUCACAUUUCUUAUGCCUACACUUCACACAGGAAAGUUUUAAAAAGCUGUUAUUCCAAUUCAAGUUGUAAAGCCCACAGUCUUUAAGUGAAUAUUUAAAAUGUUCUUCAAAAUGUUACACUUUUUCAAGAA